ACCAUUUGAUUGGCCAGACGUGAUCACGUGAUAUCGUGUUUUGCGUUUCCUCCCGUGUUGUUUGUAACUUUGUAUUUGCACGCUGAUCUGAUUGAAUGUAGCGAUAUAAUCUGAGAGAGUGCUCCGAUGAUGGUGAAGUGUGUGGUCCAAGGAUGCAUAAACCACAGGGAUCUCAGACCUGGCGAGCGAUCGAGCCGUCCGCACAAGAGGUUUUUCAGGUUCCCCAAAGACAAGGCCCGAAUGAAAGUAUGGCUGGCCGCUUUACGAGAGACUGAGCGCGAGAUCACAGAUCAGCAUCAGAUAUGCGAGGAUCAUUUCCUGAGCCAUCACAUCACGCCGAGCGGCAUCAGCCCAGAGGCCAUCCCUAUUAUGCCUCCAUCAGAGGGACUGGUCUCCGGCUGGAGCUCGUGUGAGGAGCAGGACGAACUUUCGGACCCAGUCGAGGAGGGUGGAGUUGAUGCAGAAGAUGAUCUUUAUGAUGUAGAGUUUGAAGAUUAUGAGGAAGAAGAUGAAGACCACAGUCUUGCAGAUAAUGGUCCAUAUAGACCGUUUUACAGUGAAAGUUUAAUGAACAAUCCCAACAAUAACAAUGUGAAUCAAGCAAUGGGGGCAUCCUCCAAAUUAGCCCAGUAUCGCUCUGACGUUGCUCUUGGACAACUGACCAAACGCUUCAUGCAGCUGCUUCACACAGCACCGAAUGGAGUCCUUGACCUCAAUGAGGUCACUCGAAAACUGGGCACACGGAAGAGACGGGUGUAUGACAUCACCAACGUCCUAACCGGCAUCCAGAUAAUAAAAAAGACGUCCAAAAACAAGAUCCAGCGGAUGAAUCCAGCAUCAGUGAAUCAGUGGAGUGCCAAGACGAAAGCUGACCUGCUUCAUCUGAAGUCAACGGAGGAGGCCCUUGACUUGCUCAUCAAAGACUGCGCCCAACAGCUUUUUGCCCUGACCGACCUCAAAGACAAUGCUGACUCAGCUUAUGUGACAUAUGAGGACAUCUGUCAGAUCGACGUUUUCAAGGACCAGACUAUAAUAGCCAUCAGGGCCCCUGAAGAGACAAAACUAGAGGUGCCCACUCCCACUGAAGAAUCUAUCCAGAUCCACUUGAAGGGCUGCCGGGGGCCCAUCCAAAUACUCACCUAUGAGACUGAGGGCCCAAGUGAAGCUGUGGAUCCGACUAACACAGAAUCCAAGCUUGUCAAACCAGCCUGCUUUCUAACGCUAGAGGAGAGCCGGAUACACACACAACCACUUCUGUCAGAUGUUUCAAAUACUGUAGCAGCUGUACAGAGCACAUAAGGACCUAAAAGUAGAGGCUUUGCUCUUUAAGAAUGACUACCCCCAUCUUAACAGACUUUGUUGGCCUUUUUGGAGAGACCACUGUGCAUAUAUUCACUCAAGAUUUUUGAUUUGUAAAUAUAUGGAUUAUAGAGUAUUUUGAACAGGUUAAAGCAUUUUUUUUUCUGUAAGUAUUAUGAGGAAACUUGAAGGCUGCCUUUUGAAACUGGUGAAUUUUUUUUUUUUUCUUCUUCUUGGAGCAUCUGACAGUGCUGUAAAUUAAUAAAAUCUGUGGUGGUCAAAGA